UCCGUCUCCUCUGCACCAAAAUUUCUUUCCAUUACUGCUCAUCCGUCACUUCCCAGUCGCCUAACGCCCCAAAUCCUCUCCUCUGAACCCCCGGAAAAGCCAAAUGGACGGAGGCGGACAAACCAAUGGAAUCGAAAUUUCUUCGGAGAGAAAUCAGAAUCGGUUUUUUGUUGGUGGAUCGGAGACCAACGGAGUGAUUCAGCCGCAUCCGUUGCUCCCAACGCUCGAGGCGCCGGCGGAGGUAAUUCGACGAGCGCGAUCGUUGACGGAGGCGCUCGAGGCCUCCCCUGCCGCGGCGGCGUUGUUUGGGAAAUUCGUUCGCGAGAAGAGCAACAGCUUCUCGGAGGCGAUAACGAGACACAUAUCUUCGCUACGGAAGGAGGGGAAAGACGGCGUUAAGGAGUUCAAUCUGGCUGGUGUGAGAGUUACGAAGGUUUUGAAGGAGGAGAGCAAGGGGAUCAAAGGAAGAAUAAGCUUCUUCUCGCGAUCCAAUUGCCGCGAUUGCGGCGCAGUUCGGUCGUUCUUCCGUGAAAGGAACCUUAAUUUUGUUGAGAUCAACGUCGAUGUGUACCCCGAGCGACAAAAGGAGCUGGUCGAGAGGACCGCCGGCGAUUCCGUACCACAGAUAUUCUUCAACGAGAAGCCAAUCGGAGGACUGGUGGCGCUAAAUUCCUUAAGGAACAGCGGUAUGCUUGAUGCAAAAUUAGAAGAAAUUUUGGGGCGGAAGUGUCCCGACGACGCGCCGGCGCCGCCGGUCUACGGCUUCGACGAGGCAGAGGAGGUGGAGGCGGAUGAUAUGGCGGCGAUUAUAAGAGCAGUGCGGCAGAAAGUACCGAUCAAAGACCGAAUCGCGAAGAUGAAAUUGAUGCGGAACUGUUUCUCCGGCGCGGAGCUCGUGGAGGCUCUGAUACACCAUUUGGACUGUGGGAGAAGAAAGGCUGUUGAGAUUGGGAAGCAGCUGGUGAGAAAGCAUUUUAUUCACCCUAUUUUCGGGGAAAAUGACUUUGAUGAUGGAAACCAUUUGUGUCGAUUCCUCGAACACGAGCCCUUCAUACCAAAAUGCUAUAACUUUCGAGGAACAGUUAACGACUCUACGCCUAAGGAUGCUGCUGCUUUGAGCCAAAAGCUCGCUUGCUUAAUGUCGGCAAUACUCGAGUCCUAUGCCUCAGAUGAUCGAAGCCAUCUUGAUUACAUUGGAAUCAGUAACAGCGAAGAGUUCAGGAGGUAUGUGAACUUGGUGGAGGAUCUCCAGAGGGUAAAUCUCCUGUCUCUAUCCCAUGAUGAGAGACUCGCAUUCUUUUUGAAUCUACACAAUGCCAUGGCCCUUCACGCCGUCAUUAGAAUCGGUCAUCCCGGAGGAAUGAUGGAUAGGAUGUCCUUCUUCACCGACUUCAUGUAUGUCGUUGGGGGCUACUCUUACUCUCUAAGCACUCUUACAAACGGCAUCCUGAGGAGCAACCGAAGACCACCACUCUCACUGAUCAAGCCUUUCAGUAGCAGCGACAGGCGCCUUGAGUUGGCAUUUCCAAAAGUGAACCAGCUAAUUCAUUUCGGAAUCUGGAACGCGAGCAAUGGAAGCCCAAGAAUCAGAUUCUUCACUCCCCAAGACGUCGAGUACCAACUGAAAACAGCCGCCAAGGAGUAUUUCCAGAGGGAUGAUCAAAUGCAGGUGGAACUCAGCAAGAGGACCGUGUUCCUUCCCCGCCUCAUCAAAUGGUACAGCGCUGAUUUUGGACACGAAAAAGAAACCCUGAAAUGGAUGAUAAACUUGCUGGAUCCAAGCAAGGCAGGCCUUGUAACACACCUCUUAAAUGACAAGGGACAUAUCCACAUUGUGUACAAGGAUUACGACUGGUCUCUCAGUUCUUGAUCCAUCAUCUCACAUACAUAUAUAUACAUACAUACACACUGGUACAUUCUCUUCUCUUCUCUCCUCCUAAAUUCAUUAAUAUAUAUAUAUAUAUACAUACACAAAUACACAUAAUUUGAGGGUUGUAUUUGAUCACAGUGUAUGAUGAUGAUUGAUUGAUCUUAUUACAGAGUGCAACAAUGGGUGCUAUAGAUCACAAUAACAUAGAUGAUUAGCAAAAACCAACAAAAUUGUUUCAUUUAUUGAUUUCAUUAUCAGUUAUCACCAUAAUUCAAUAUCAAUCCCAUCCAUCCACCCUUCAAGAAACUGGUUUUAGAAUGUACAUCUUGCA